GCGCGGCUGGUGGGAGAAAUUUAGCUCUCUUCCCUUUGGCUCGGCUGUAUAUAUUACAUAUUUUUUCAACUUGGCGGCAGUUUUCAAGAAAUUUAGUAGUGUACCAUCGCCACCUACAAUAAUUAUAUUUUUCUUUCGGUUUUGUCGAUCCUGACGAGCAGUCGUGCAAAUACUCACGCCGUCUCGAAGGUCUAAUGCAGCUGUGCUGCACAGUAUUUCGAACCAGUCCGUUAACAACGUACUCGCAUCACAAAAACAUCAACAGCACCACCACUACCACUAACAACAACAACAAUAACAACAAACAUCGACGGCUACAACAAUAAUACAACAAAUAUUACAUUUGUGCUUCUAUAUGAUAUAAUAUCCACGUCGACGGAGGUGAUUUGUACGUACGCAAAAUAGGCAGAUUGCGGUUGUUGAAAUUUAAUUCAACUUGACGUGACUUCACAAUAUUAUUAUUAUAAGACCGGGCCACGAAAACGCACACGGACGGGCGAGACAGCAAAAUGUUGUACGAUCCACCAAAGACGACCUUGUACGUUUGCACCGUACUCCUGCACACUGCUGGUUUAAUUAUUUGUACAACAAUCGAACCAGAUACUAACCCUACACCUCCACUAGAAUUUCCAUCAGAUGGAUUACAUGUAAGGAUCAUACAAGCAGCCGAACCCUAUAAUUUAACUAAGCCACCAAUGUUGUAUUUUGAAAAUGAUGAAACAAGAACGGAUGGAGUAUUAAAACCGUCUUCAUUACCAAUCAAUGUCAUUGCUAAGAUAUCAGAAAAUUAUACUGAAAAUUAUAUCGAAAACAAAUAUUACAAUAAUCACAUUGAUAGCUGGACAUCAAUUACAUUAACAUUAAUUGUCCUUAUAGUUAUAGCAGUUAUGGUGUUGGCAUGUUCUGCAUUAUGUUUGAAAAAAGUACAAAACUUGAAGAUAUCAAAACGACAACUGCUGAUAGAAGAUUGUGAUGAUUCUGUAAUGAAAGAUUUAAUACACAUUCAGCGUGUAUAAAUGAUUUGCCAUAAAUAAAGAAAUAUAUAUCAAUAAA